UCCAAGUCGUGCUGAAGAUUUGGUUUUUGUUCAUAACAAUCUACGUCUUUUAUCUAGAAGUUCUGGUCAAUAUGAAGAAGAAAGGACAAAGAUGUGGGAUGUAGGUGGUGACAGAUUUGACUCUUUUGAAGAUACCGGAUUUUUGGAGUUUGCAGAACUCUCCCUUGAUGAACCAGAGUUGGAAAAUGUGUUGAUCUCAGAGGGUGUUGACAAGUAGUGAUGUUUUUAUUUGAGGAUUUCAAAAACUAUGUUUAUUAGUUAUUUAUUUAUUUUUCCAAACAUGAUUGUUAUGAUGUUACAAGGAUAAGAAAAAGCAGGUUGCCACCAGGUCCCAAAGGGCUUCCAAUAUUAGGGCACCUCCAUCUACUAGGCAAAAACCCUCACCAAGACUUGCAAAAGCUGUCCCAAAUCCAUGGCCCCAUCAUGCACCUCCGCCUCAGCUCGGUCCACAACAUCGUCGCCUCAUCCCCACGCACCGCCGAGCAGUUCCUCAAAACCCACGACCACAAAUUCGCGUCGAGACCGCCCCAGGAGCUAAUCAAGUGUCUGACGUACGACCAGAAAGACGUCGUGUUCGGCCAGUACAGCCUGUACUGGCGCGAAAUGAGGAAACUGAUCACUCAAGAGCUACUGAACAGCUUGAAGAUCAGUUCCUUCAGAUCCAUGAGGAGACAGGAGCUCUGUCUCCUCAUAGAGUCAUUCAAGCAGCCGGCACUCAACAGAGAAACCGUGGACUUGAGUGCCAAGGUGGCGUCGAUGACGGUGGACAUGAGUUGUCGGAUGUUGUUUGGGAAGAAGUACGAGGAUUCGGAUAUCGGGGAUGAGAAAGGGUUCAAGGCUGUGAUAGCCGAGUCGGCUCAUUUGGCGGGUGUCCCUAAUCUAGGGGACUAUGUCCCUUUGGUAGGGAAGCUUGACAUUCAAGGGUUGAACCGGAGGGCAAAAGCGGUAGCCAAAUUGUUUGACCAGUUCUUUGAGAGGAUCAUUGAUGAGCAUGAAGAACAAGUAGAUGAGGGUUGUUAUGAUUAUGCUUCAAAGGACUUUGUUGAUAUACUUCUUGGAAUUAUGAAGAACAAGGAAACCUCUUUUGAGUUCACACUGGUAGAAUGGGCAAUGUCUGAACUCCUAAAGAACCCAACAACAAUGGAGAAAGUGAAGAAAGAGUUGGAAGCACAAGUAGGGCUUGACAAGAUGGUGGAGGAAAAUGAUUUGGAGCACUUGAAAUACUUAGAAAUGGUCAUAAAAGAUUCCCUAAGGCUGCACCCUGUCUCACCACUACUCCACCACUCAGCCAUGGAAGAUUGUACCAUCGACAACUUUCACGUGCCAAAAAACGCCACGCUUACGGUCAACGUCUGGGCUAUCGGCCGGGACCCUAGCACGUGGCCCGAGCUAGAGAGGUUUGACCCCGAGAGAUUCGACGGGAGGAAUGUUGACUUCCGAGGUCGGAAUUUCGAACUGAUCCCGUUCGGUUCGGGGAGAAGGAGCUGUCCAGGUUUGCAACUUGGAAUAACCAUUGUCCGUUUGGUGCUGGCACAGCUUGUGCAUUGCUUUGAUUGGGAGCUCCCAAACGCGGCACUGCCUGAAAACUUGGACAUGAGUGAGGAGUUUGGUAUUGUUGUAAGUCGAGCACAACAUUUGAAGGUCAUUCCUAGUUAUUAUAGAUUAAGUGUCUAGUAAUUAAUUGGGGUGACAUUG